AUGGAUGAAAUAGGGAGUAUCGAUGACUCCCUGACUGACAACAGCAAUCUCGAGGAACCAUCGGCGUUCGGUGGUGAUUUCCAGGGAACACUUCCAGUUAGCGUACAUAGGGGCCUCGAAGCAGGCGGCCCAGUAUUUCCGCUCAAGUCCGCCAUCAUCACUGGCGGCAUUCGCCAGCUCAUCGUUUCGAAACCAACAUUGGAUUCUCUUUGCACUCUCAUUACUCGUGUUCACGCCCCAUUCUCUGAGCUUCCUGCUCUUCUUCGCCACCGUGCAACCGCCGAUAUGAACUCCUCUUGA